AAGCACCCACUCAAUCUAACGCGGAAAACAGAUAAGCCCAAACAAUCCUAUUUAGUUAUAUAUAUAUAAAACUAAAUAGGGUUUCUUCCGAAAUUUCACUUCCUUUUCUCCUCUGGUUCACCCCAUCACAGCCGUGCAUCCAAUCCCCUCACCAUCAUGACCGGCAAGGCGAAGCCCAAGAAGCACACGGCGAAGGAGAUAGCCAUGAAGGUGGACGCCGCCACCACCAAUCGCGGCGGGGGCAAGGCGGGGAUGGCCGAUAGGACAGGUAUUGAGAAGGGAGGGCACGCCAAGUACGAAUGCCCCCUCUGCAAAACGACGGCGCCUGAUCUCAAGUCUAUGAAGAUUCAUCACGAUGCUCGUCACCCGAAGAUCCCCUACGAUGAAGAAAAGAUUGUUAAUGUUCACGCCGCCCGCGUGGCGGAGUCUUCGAAAACUAAGCCCGGUAUCCGAGGGAGCCUCAAGAAGUGAAAAGAGAGUUCGACUGAGAUGUGGGUUAUUUAGAUUUCGUUUUGUUGUUAGUGGGUUUUCAGUUGUGAUGAUAAUGACUGAGUGUAUAUUGUUUUAUGAUGAUGAUGAUGAUGAUGAUGAUUAUGAUGACGAGACUAUGUUUGGUUGUUGUGUUAGAAGUGUUAAAUUUAUGCUUUCCAAUUA